GAAACUAAAUAUAGUCCAGUAAAGCCUAAUGACAGUUGUACAAGCCAGUUGCUUUGUGUGGCUGUUCCUCACUGUCCUGUACUUUUAAUUUUCAAGGACAUACUCUUAAAUCAGGAUGAAACUACUGUGGAAGUUUGUUUUGGGAAUCCUUCUUAUUGGACAACUUGGUGAAGGUCAAAAUGAAGGUCUUUUAAAGGAGAAACUAGAGGAGCCAGCAGUGGAUGAACAGGCUGAAGGUCGAGGAGAUGUUAUGAUGAAGACAGCAGAAAAGGAGGUGGAAGAGCCUGACGGUCCAGGGGCAGAUGUCAGUCAACCUGAUGAUAGACAGCCAUGUGCUAUGUGGAUGGGAGGUGUUCCUGGCACACCUGGGCACAGUGGGAAACCUGGGAGAGAUGGCAGAGAUGGGCGUGAUGGACCAAGGGGCGAGAAAGGAGAUAAAGGUGAAACAGGUGAAAAAGGAGAUCCAGGAGAGAAGGGGGAUGUCGGCCCAGCUGGACCAAGAGGCUUUCCUGGAAACCCAGGUAUGAAAGGGACCCGAGGUGAAAGUUCACUGUCCUACCACUCGGCCUUUAGUGUAGGUCUCAGUGAGAUGGUUUCUGUCACAAACGUGCCAAUUCGCUUCAACAAGUUCUUCUAUAAUGACCAGCACCACUACGAUGAUGUUUCCGGGAAGUUCCGCUGCAAUCUGCCUGGGGUGUAUUUUUUUACCUAUCAUCUGACAGUCUACACCAAAGACGCUAAGGUCAGCCUCUACAAGAAUGACAAAGCUAUCAUGUUCACCUAUGACCAGUACCAGGAGAACAAUGUGGAUCAGGCAUCAGGCUCUGUUAUACUGCGACUGGAGGCAGGGGACGAGGUGUGGCUGCAGGUUUAUGGAGACGAGACUGUUGGUGGUGUGUAUGCAGAUAACAACAAUGACUCCACCUUCUCUGGUUUCCUCCUGUAUCCCGACAUUCCUGUUCCUGCCCGGGGACGUUGAAAAUACCCUGAAUGAUUUCAGUUGGAAAUCCAUUAGGAAGAUUGGGAAAUCCAUUUGAAUUUGUUAUGUAUGUUUACCAAACAUAAUGAGUGUUAUAGAUAGAUAUUGUUUAUUAGAAGUUUCUUUUUGGGAAUGACAUCUUCUAAAAUUUAAAAAAGGAUAUUUGCUUUUUUAUUGUAUCUAGUGAGAAAUGUUGGACUAAGAAGUGUUUUUACAUCAUUACAGUAUUGCGUGUUAAAUUUUGGCAUACUGUAUAAGGUUUAUUUCAAUGUGACAUUGCAGUAUAUAAACAAAGCAAGGUUUGUACAGUGUUCCAGUCGACUUUGUGACAGUCUGUAUUUAAGUAUCUGGUGUGCAUUUCACUGGCCACUGUCCAGCCCCAACAGUUGUUACUGUACAUGCAUGGGGUCCAAUUUUGGGGUCCAGUGUAUUUUUGUUUUAAUCGCUGUGGUCAGUGAGGAAGUAAAUGCUGUCCCUAAAACCCGCCUCUGAUAUGAUAAACUUAAAAGAGAUAGUUUACCCAAAAAUGAAAAUUCUGUCAUUAUUUACUCACUCUCAUGUUGUUAUAAACCUGUAUAAAUUUCAUUGUUCUAAUGAACACAAAGGAAGAUAUUUUGAGGAAUGUUUGUAACCAAACCGAACCCCAUUCACUUCCAUCGUAUUUUUUUCCUACUAUGGAAGUGAAUGGGGUUCAUAAACGGUUUGGUUACAAACAUUCCUCAUAUCUUCCGUUGUGUUCAUCAGAACAAAGAAAUGUAUUUAACGCUAUAAUUGACUGAUCUGUAGACAUUUUAAAUUUGGAAAUGAUGAUUAAUCUGAUCGAAUUGUUGUGUAUCAUUACUGUACUACUGUACUACAAUUUUUUGGCAACAAGUAGUUUUUGAGCUAGGAUAAUGAUUCUGAACAUAUUAAUAAAUUAUUUGAUAAUAAUUUAAA